UGGGAACUCACCAAAACUUUGUUUUACUAUCAUCUUGAGUCGUGAUAGUGUUUCUAUUACCGUGUCUCUUUUGUUGGGCCUGGAAACUUGGGCGGGGGAUGAUGGACUGUUAAGAAGAAAAGAGAACUGCGACUCUCAAUGCUCUGUUUGAGAAAGCCACGGCGGCGGUUGGCCCAGAUCUCAAUGCUGCUGAAAGAGCUCUCCCUUCCGGCGGGAUAUCUCCGCUCUCGAUCUGUCUUAUAUAGCCACGCAUCUGUGGUCGAGUGGAAGUAUCCGCUUCAAAUUCUCGUCGAGGAGAAUAUUGCAUCAUCCCUAUUUUCCUACUCGCCGAAGCUCCCACCUAUCGAAUCUUCUAUGCCUCCGAAGACGUAUCUUUGGACGAGAUCAUCAAAGAGCUAUCUGGGGAGGAGGCUAGAGGAGGAGCCAAGGAGGGAAUGAUUUCACUUGGGAUUUGU